AUGAGGAUGAAACUUCUCCUCAAAGUUCAUAAAGUAUGGGAGGUUGUGGAGAAUGAAUCAGACGCAGUGGACAAUAACGACAUGGCAACGGCGCUUCUGUUUCAGUCUGUUCCAGAAGCCCUAAUUCUGCAAGUCGGCGAGCUGGAGAGUGAAAAGAAGGUAUGGGAUGCCAUUAAGGAUAGAGAAGCAAGACUACAGACUCUUAUGGCUGAAUUUGAUAGUCUCAAGAUGAAGGAUAACAAAAUCAUUGAUGACUUUGUUGGGAAGUUAUCUGAAAUCUCGUCGAAAUCAGCUGCGUUAUGGGAAAACAUGGAAGAAAGUAAGCUUGUCAAGAAUUUUUUAAAGAGUCUACCAAGAAAGAAGUAUAUACACAUCGUUGCAUCACUCGAGCAACUCCUUGACCUAAAAACAACUAGCUUUGAAGAUAUCAUAGGCCGUUUAAAAACCUAUGAAGAACGUAUGCGAGAAGAAGAAGGAGAAAACGAAGACAAUAAUCAAAGCAAACUAAUGUACGCUAACAUGGAAACACAGUCAAACCGUGAUUACCAUGGCGAGUACAGAGGAAGAGGACGAGGCUAUUACAGAGGAAGGGGACGCGGUGGCAGAUCGUAUUGGGAUAGCAGGGAUCCGACCAAGGUUACAUGCUUCAGGUGUGACAAAAUAGGUCACUUUGCCGCCACUUGCCCCGACAGACUUCUCAAGUUGCAGGAGACACAAGAAACAAGAGAAGAUGAGACACAAAAAGCUGAUGGCUUAAUGAUGCACAAAGUAGUAUACCUCAAUGAACAAAACGUGCAACCUAAGGUGUUUGUGUCGAGCAUGGAUGGGGACAGAAUUUGGUAUCUUGAUAACGGCGCCAGCAAUCACAUGACAGGAAACAAAAACUACUUUAAAAGUAUUGAUGAAACCAUUACAGGGAAGGUGAGGUUUGGUGAUGAUUCAAGAAUCAACAUCGAAGGCAAGGGGUUCUAUCUUGUUCGUCACACAAACCGGAGAAAAGAAGCUACUAUCUAA